AUGGCUGGAGCAAAGAUCUUUUCGAUUGAGGGCAAGGGCCUGAAACUCACCACCGCCGAGGAUAUUGAGCCACACAUUCAGGAUCUGAAGAGCAACAACGAUGUAGAAGAGAUCAAGUUCCUAGGCAAUACCCUAGGUAUCGGAGCCAGCGAGGCGCUUGCUAAAGUUUUGGAGAGCAAGAAGAAUCUACAGGUCGCAAACCUCGCCGACAUCUUCACCUCACGUCUCCUCUCUGAGAUCCCACCCGCGCUGUCUCACCUCCUCACCUCCCUCCUUACCCUACCAAAUCUCCACACCGUCGAUCUCUCCGACAACGCAUUCGGCCUCAACACCGUUGCCCCGCUCGUAGACUUCCUGUCGCAACACACACCCCUCCGAUACCUCUACCUCAACAACAACGGUCUUGGCCCCGCAGCCGGUGUCCUCGUCGCCGAUGCGCUCACCGCACUCGCUGCGAAGAAGGAAGCCGCGCGAAAAGAAGGCAAAGAAGUCCCAGACCUCGAGCUCGUCAUCUGCGGUCGCAAUCGUCUUGAGAAUGGCAGUAUGGCAGCAUGGGCAAAAGCCUACGCAGCCAACAACGGUGUCAAGACUAUCAAGAUGACGCAGAAUGGUAUCCGCCAGGAGGGUAUCUCACACCUCAUCACCAACGGUCUCGCACACCUGUCCAAACUAGACACGCUCGAUCUCCAGGACAACACAUUCACAGCCAUGGGCGCAAACGCUCUGAGCAAGGUAGUUGGAAACUGGACCGAGCUCCGCGAACUAGGUGUAGGUGACUGUCUCCUGAGCGGACGCGGCGGUAUCGCGCUCGCCGCCGCGCUCGACAAGGGCAAGAACAAAAAGGUGGAAGUUCUCCGCCUCCAGUUCAACGACAUCAACGCAAAGGGUCUCGCUGGCCUGGCUUCCGCUUCUUCCACCGCACUCCCCGCUCUCCGCCGUGUCGAAAUCAACGGUAACAAGUUCGACGAGGAGGACCCCAGUAUCGAAAAACUCCGACAUGUGCUCGAUGCAAGGAAAGAAGAGUCUGGUGAACAUGAGGACGACGAGGAGUACUGGGGUCUGGAUGAGCUGGAUGAGCUGGAGAGCGAGGACGAAGACGAAGAGGAGAGCGACGCCGACGAGAAGCGUGGGGAUGGUGAUGAAGACGAAGAGGAGGGUGUUGAGGUUGAGGAGAAGGCUGCGAGACAGAUUGUUGAGGAUACCAAGGCCGAGGAGAGUAAUGUGCCGCAGGAGAAGGACAAGAAAGUCGAUGAUCUUGCGGAUAUGAUGGCUAAGGCGGAGAUCAAGUGA